UGAAACAUAAUUAACUAAUAUAAGAGUCUUCGUUUGCUUGAGUUCAACUUCAACAUGGAAAUUAUCAUAUUGCUCGUGGCUCUCCUUGGUUGUUCCAGUAGAGCCCUAGCUGCAAUUCCCAACUCAGACCUUGCUUCUAAUCAGCUUGCCUUAAUUUUUCAGGAGUUCGGAAACUUAAGUCCCACUUCAAACUGUGACGUCGCUGCAUUGGGCGAGGCGCUGUGCGAUAAAAGGAUUGAGGUCGUGGAGGAAAAACUGAAAGGCAUAGCAAAGUUGGUGAGCCAGAGUAAACAGCUUUGCGAAUUUCAAAUCAAAGCCCUUCGCGAGAGCGGAGAGCAGCAGAAACAAAUCUGCGAAUACAGAAUCAAAGAAGCAAAUCAACAAAUCAGCAAUUUACAGAAAUCCACACAACCUAAAAAAAAUCACGUUGGUGCAGCCGUUUCUGGAAAAUUAUCGGCACUUUAUCCUGGAUCAAGGUACUACGUUAGCACAGAGAAGUUGAAUUGGUAUUUGGCACGUAAGUUUUGCAUCUCAAACGGCAUGCAGCUGGCUAGCAUUGAAUCCAAGGCCGAGAGCGAAGCUUUAACUCCAGUCCUUCUUCAGGCUGGAGGAUUUUUCUGGCUCUCUGGCACCGACUUGGGAUCUGAGGGGAAAUUCUACUGGGAUAAUGGAACAGGAAAGGAUGUUAAAGAUUUCACCAACUGGGUUGGUACGCAGCCAGAUAAUCAUCAAGGAAAUGAACACUGCCUCCACGAAAAACCUGGUAUAGGCUGGAAUGAUUAUCCAUGUGAAAAUCAGGAAAAAUUUAUAUGCGAGAUCAAUGACAGUUAGUUUUCUCUCUGUGAAUCCAAACACAUCGACGGCUUUUUACAGCUUUACCACGAAAUUUCUUCUCUUAUCCUUAUAUAACAAAUAAAAAUUAUUCUGUUGAUUGGUCGACGCAAGAACCGCAUGUAACAGAUAUUUAAUAUAAACCAUUGACUCAUGCCAUAACUAAUAACUACUGUUUAUUGUUUGUAUUCCUUAGCCAACCGAAAUAAUAAAUAAUAAUAAUAUUAAACAA